AUGUUGGAAAGACGAGAUAGUGCAAUGGACAUCCCAAGAAGCACCUCUAACGGCUCUCUCACACCGCAAUCCGUUUCAACCUCAACCUCCCCUCCGCCAGCCUUCAAUCGUGCGGAUCUCUUCCGCUCUCUGCGCCCCAUGGCCAGCACCGAGAGUCUUAACGGUGCGCUGACCAGCAAACCUUGCACCACAUGCUCUGGUCAGCACGCACGACGUCGCUGCUCUCGCUGCAAGGCAGCAUAUUACUGCGACCGCAACUGCCAAAAGUCGGACUGGAAGACGCACCGCAACAUCUGCGAGCCCAUCACCCAGACUUACUCUGCUCCGGAGACGCCCAACUGCUCCAACCCUGCAAGCCCGACAAACGAAGCUUGA